AUGGUGUUUUUAGAGAAUCUUUUCCUUUCCAAGGGCCACUACAAAGGCCGGAUGUACGAGCACUUUCCGAAGACAUACAAUAUCUAUGUGAUUGCAUUUACUACGUUUGCCACUGGUAUCAUGUAUGGUUUUGAUAUUGCAUCUAUGUCUUCCCAGAUCAGAACUCCGGCUUACUUAGAAUACUUCAAUUACCCUAGCGCAUUUUUGCAGGGUCUAAUUACGUCUUCUAUGGCCGCGGGAUCAUUUUUCGGGUCCCUUCUUUCUUCGUCGGUGUCAGAUGCUUUCGGAAGAAGAGUCUCGCUUCACGUCUGUGCCACACUUUGGAUUAUAGGUUCCUUUUUACAGUGUGGUGCACAAAACAGAGCCAUGCUAAUUGUUGGUAGAGUCAUAUCUGGAGCCGGUAUUGGAUUUGGGUCAUCUGCCGCAACUAUGUAUUGUUCCGAGAUUUCUCCACCAAAAAUUCGCGGUUUGAUCGGGUCUAUAUUUCACUUGUGUGUCACUUUUGGUAUGGUGGUAUUGUUUUACAUCGGUUACGCUGCCCACUUCGUAGAGGGACCUGCGUCAUUCAGAAUAACCUGGGGAUCUCAGUUGAUCCCAGGAUUCCUUUCUUUUUUGGUUAUCUUUUUCCUACCGGAGUCACCAAGAUGGCUUGCGACGCAUGAUAGAUGGGAUGAGGCGCAUACUAUUGUUGCAAAGGUCAAUGCCAAAGGUGAUAUGAACGAUAGAAUGGUGCUGCUCCACAUGCAGGAAAUUGAAGAACAGGUAGCCAACUACCAUAUUGCCAAGAAUUUCGGCUACCUGGAUCUGUUCCGCAAGGCUUCAAGACGGAAGACUAUUGUUGGUAUCUCGGCACAGACAUGGCAGCAGCUAAGUGGUAUGAGUAUUAUGAUGUACUACGUCGUUUAUCUCUUUGAAAUGGCUGGUUUCCACGGUAAUACGAAUUUGCUUUCUGCCUCUAUACAAUAUUUGUUGAACUUCUUAACGACAUUCCCUGCGGUAUUUUUGGUUGAUAAGAUCGGACGUAGACCAAUUUUGAUUUACGGAGGCUUUUUAUUGGCGGCUUGUUCGUUCUCUAUCGCUGGUUUGUUGGGCACUUACUCGGUUCCAACUGAUGGUGCUCUCAGAACUGGUACUUCGCGUCUAGUAGACUACGGAGUGUCCAAGGCUGGUCCAGCUUCUGGUGCUAUUCGUAUCACGAUUCCUCCAGAGCAUGCCAAUGCAGCUAGAGGUGUGAUUGCUUGUGCAUAUUUGUUUGUUUGCAUCUUCUCCCCUUCAUGGGGUACUGGAGCAUGGCUCUACUGUUCCGAGAUCUUUAACAACUUCGAAAGAGCAAGAGGUUCAGCUUUAACUUCUGCGGUUCACUGGGGUCUAAACUUUACGUUUGCAAUGGUUAUCCCAACCGCUUUCAAGAAUAUUACAUGGAGAACAUAUAUCAUUUUUGGAGUCUUUGACGUCAGUUUGGCCGUCCAUACUUUCCUAGCAUUCCCUGAAACUAAGGGUAAGACCCUAGAGGAGGUCGAACAAAUGUGGCAGAGUAAGGUUCCAGCUUGGAGAUCGAAGUCGUUCAAGCCUGUAUUACCGGUAUUGAAGAGCGAAAGACGUACUUCUUCGGACGGUGAUGUGAGCCCAAUCGAAGAGGUUGCUGAAGGCAAGAAGUCCUCUACUGACAUUGAGAGUCAGACUCGUCGCUAA